UUUCUUUCGCAGUGCAAGGAGCAUCCUGAGGCCCCUCUGUACGGCGGUGGAGUUCUGAAGGCCGGAGCUGCCGCGUUUCAGAAGACGGAGACCGGGAGUUCUUCUCCGGCGUUUGUGCUGUUUAAUCUCACUGCGGUUACCAGAUACAGCUUCUCAUGUUGGUUGAAGAUCAACAGAGGAGCCCAUUCUGCUCUCCUGAAGGCCAAACUGAUCACCGGCGACAAAACCCUAAACUGCGUUGGCUCCUCCUUUGCCAAACACGGCUGCUGGUCUUUUCUCAAGGGAGGCUUCGUCCUCAACACCCCCUCCGAAACUUCACUCAUUUUCUUCCAGAGUGCAGAUGGAAGCGAAGCAAUAGAUAUCGCGGUGGCAAGCGCAGCGCUGCAGCCUUUCUCAGCCGAACAGUGGGAGUUUCAGCAGAAUAGCAGCAUAAGAACAAAAAGAAAGCGUGAGGUAGCAAUCCACGUUUCAGACGCGGAAGGAAAUCGCGUCGCCGGAGCUUCAGUUAUCGUUCAGCAGAUCUCAAGGGAGUUCCCCUUUGGCUCCGCGAUAGCUAAAACCAUACUCGGGAACCCAAAGUAUCAGGACUGGUUUGUGGACCGCUUCAACGCAGCGGUCUUUGAAAACGAGCUGAAAUGGUACACGACGGAGCCGGAGCGCCACCAGCUGAACUACACCCUCGCCGACCAAAUGCUCCGAUUCAUCCACUCCCACCAAAUCAUGGCGCGCGGCCACAACAUCUUCUGGGAAGACCCCCAUUACACCCCCUCCUGGCUCCGCAAUCUCUCCUCCCCUGACCUCCGCUCCGCCGUCUCCUCCCGCAUCCGAAGCCUCCUCUCCAGAUUCAAGGGCGAUUUCGUUCACUGGGAUGUCAGCAACGAGCUGCUUCACUUUGACUUCUACGAGCGCCGGUUGAUGAACCCAAACGCCUCGCUCGACUUCUUUCUGGAGGCUCAGGAGGCCGAUCCGCUGGCCACUCUGUUCAUGAAUGAUUAUAACGUGGUGGAGGGGUGCGGGGAUGAGAAAUCGACGGUGGAUUCGUAUGUGGAGAGGAUGAAGGAGCUUGUUGGGGGAGGGGCGGUGUUGGGAGGGAUUGGAUUGGAGGGGCAUUUCGAUGAGCCGAAUGUUGUUUUGAUGAGAGCUGUGCUUGAUAAGCUGGCGACGUUAGGGCUUCCGAUUUGGCUGACGGAGGUUGAUGUGAGCAGGAGGUUCGGCCAUGAGUUGCAGGCGAAGUAUUUGGAAGAAGUUCUGAGAGAAGGUUUUGCUUAUCCUUGGGUGAAUGGAAUCAUGCUAUGGAGUGCGCUUCAUCCCAAUCAGUCUUGCUAUCAGAUGUGCCUCACGGAUGAGGAGUUCCGGAACCUGCCGGCUGGCGAAGUGGUGGACCGGCUGCUGGAGGAGUGGGAGACGAAGGAGGCGGGAGGAGAAACGGAUGAUCAUGGAAUGUUUAGCUUUGAUGGGUUCUUGGGGGGAUAUGAGGUCGCUGUGAGGUAUGGGAACAGGUCUGU